UUAUAGUGACAAGUCGGGAUUUUCAUGAAGCUCGAGCCAAAAAAGCAGUGCAAUUUCACCUCCGAAAGGACGUUUUGAACUGAUUUAAGAAUUCUUUGUUAUGUUAUGCCAUGAACAGGCGAUCCUCCGCCAAGCGCACUCGCAGCAACUCCCCAGCCAUGAGGAGCAGAUCUAAAAAGAAGAAUCCUGCUGGUUCUGACCAGGAACAUGAUGCCAAAAGUGAGAAUGGAGACAAGGAGGAGGAACAACAGAAGAAGGCAGCUCCUGGACUUAAAGAUACCCCUGAGCAUAAGAGGGGCCGAGGAAGAGGCAGUGGAAGAGUUAAGCGCAACGAAACCAGCAGUGAUGAAAGAGAAGAGAUGUCAGCUUCUGCUACUCCACCUACAGUUCAUGACUCUCCUCAUUUCAGUCAAACUCCUGGGGAUUCUGGGAUUGAGAAGUCACCUCCAGUUGUAAAAGAUAAGGAGAGAGAAACGUUAACAUCUAAGGAAAAAGAGACUGAAAAGACAGUAGAAAAAGAGCAAAGAACAAUCGCCAAGCCUCCCAAAAAGAGGAAAGGUGCAGAAGUAGAGCAUGACAUGACGCCCCCUCCUCCACCUGUCAAGCGCCCUCUAGUGGACUUCAAGGAAUGGAAAGGGCACAGGGUUCUUGCCAGAAAAGAUGGUGCAUAUUACCCUGGUAUGAUUAAGACUGUGAAACACAACAGGAUCCUGGGUGUUCAGUUUGAUAGCGAUAAGAAAAUAUUAGAGUUUAAUGUGUCUGAUUUCCCCAGCAGUAAUGACUUAAUUAGUGACCAUAGCCCUCCCGCCAUGACAGUGUUCGCAGGAUCGCAAGUGUGUGUGCGUGGAAAUACAGAAGAGACUGUAUUUUACGAGGGUGAAGUUAUGGAGAAGAAGCUCUCUCCUGUUAGCUACUGUGUGAGAAUCACAUAUCAGGAUGAGAAGGGGCAAGGCACCAGACAAGAAGUCUUGUGGGUAUCAAGGGCCAACAUCCGUCUGUUACAACCUCCGUGGCAUGAAGAUUUGGAAGAAAUUGGUGCCAGCAUGACUCAGACUGAGGAGACCAGCAAUCUCGCACAGCCAAAGAUUCCCCCAUUGCCCCCUGCAGAACCUCAGCAGCAGUAUAUCCACCAGCCCCAACCAAGCCCCACCCAGCAGGGCCCCUCCCCUAAGCCACCAUCAGAACAAAAGGUGAAAAUAAGCAAUGAGAUUCAGCUUGCAGAGAAAGAAGGCAGUGAUUCCUCGGACGAUGAAAUUAAAAAUGACAUUUUUGCUUUUGAACCAGAAAGCACUCCCACCUCUCGAUCUGCCACUCCUGCAGCCACUGUGCCGAGCAUCAAACCCAUGGUUACCACUGUGCAACCACCAAAGAAGCGUGAAGCAGCCAGGAGCAAAAGUGCACAAUCAUCUGAGAGUCGUGCUAGCACUCCACGAUCUCCAAUAACAGCACAGAAAUACAAGAAGGGCGAUGUGGUAUCUACACCAAAUGGAAUUAGGAAAAAGUUCAAUGGAAAACAAUGGCGGCGACUUUGUUCAAAGGAGGCCUGCACUAAAGAAUCACAGAGGAGAGGGUAUUGUUCAAGGCACCUAUCACAAAAGGGCAAUCGCCUGCGUCCUGGCAAUCUCUCAUAUCCUGGUCGUGAUGGCAAAGACUUAGAUUGGGAAGAUCAAGAUGAUGACAUGCCAUACGACCACUCCAGAUUUGACAUGGACGAGAAAGAAGCUGCAAACAUGCUGGUGUCGCUGGGUAAUUCACGAUCAGGCACUCCAGCCUUCUCUCCGACCCCUGUACAAAACCCAAUAUCACCCCAUCAUGGAGCUCUAGGUCACUCCCCGUAUCCACCAGUGGGGUACAGGUCCGGGAACACCUUUGCCCCCAUCUCUCCCCACCCCCACACCCCAGGUUCCCUGCUAGCCUCCGCACACCACUGGAAUGCAAGCACACCCAAGGGUGGGGCCAUGGAGCUGAUGUCCCCAGGGGGAAGACCCUUACUCGGUCCCGCCCCUAACUAUGGGAUCAUGCACUUGAACUUCAAUUCCCCUCCGAGCCCAAGCAAGGUGCGGCACAGCUCAGAACCACAGCGGUUUUUCCCAACUAAGGGUGAACACCAUUAUAGCGAAGGAGGGGAUUCUGGGAUCGAUGUCCAGACACCAUUGUCCACCCCCGUGACCCCGGGGCAUUCCAUCCUAUCGACCAAGGGCAGUAGCAGUGGUGGUGGGGGAGGUUUGAUGCGAUCUCGUGAGCUCAGCACAGGGGCGCCUCCUGGAGGGCAGUCUAAGUACACCGCCCCUCUAACCAGUGGUGGCACUGCUGGUAGCACAAGUGGGAGCGUUCUCCAGCAGAGCCUUCUCAGCCCCGCCCUUAAUGCCCCGCAGAGUCAUGCUCCACAGGUGGUUCAGAGCACCUCUGCCAUGGAGGCUCUGAAUAGUUUGUUCAGUGUGGUUCAGAAACAACAGCAGCAGCAGCAGUUGCAGCAAGACUGCAACAAAAAUACAGUGCAUCUUUUAUCAUCAACAUCGUCGACAUCAUCAGGAGCAAUAACAACAACAUCCACAUCAGCAAUAGGAACACAGGCAGCAUCAACUCACCCGGCGACCAGUGUGUCUGAGAAUAAAGUGGUGGCUCUGCAGACACCGGUGGCGCAGCUGUCUGUGGUCACCAGUCACCCGACCCCCGCCACACUCCUGCCAGUAAUGCCCCUGGUCAACAGCAGUGACAAAGAAACCAAGACCAUUACAGUGAUUCCAGGGAGUUUAACAGGUGGUCAGAUUCCAGUGUUUCCAUGGCAUUCCUUGGUGCCCUUUCUCACUCAUGCAGGUGCACCACAAGAGGGCAGUGCAAAACAUGAGGCUCCCUCUUUACCUGCACCCACCCAAGACAAGCAAGAACCAGAGGAAUCAACCACACUUACAAAAGAGGAAGAAGAGGAGGAGGAUGACGAUGUGUUUGUGACAGCUCCAGUCGAGCCCAUAUCCCUGUCCCCUUCAAAAAGGCGCUCACAAUCUCUUAGUGCACUUAAAGAGCAAGGGGAACCAAAAAGUCCAAGAAAGAUCAAAGAGAAGGAUCACAUUCGUCGUCCAAUGAAUGCAUUCAUGAUCUUCAGCAAACGUCAUCGUGCUCUCGUCCAUCAGCGACAUCCAAAUCAAGACAAUCGCACAGUGAGCAAGAUUUUGGGAGAGUGGUGGUACGCUCUUGGUCCGAGAGAGAAGCAAAAAUAUCAUGAUUUAGCUUUCCAGGUAAAGGAGGCUCACUUCAAGGCACACCCAGACUGGAAGUGGUGCAGUAAAGACAGAAAGAAGUCCAAUAGCACCCUGGGAAGGAAAGGCAGUGGCUCAGAGGAACAACGGGAUGAUGGGGACGAACUCAUGGGUCCGCCCCAAAGUGCUCUGCACCCUGCCCCACAGACAGUUCCCCUGCCACCCUCCACUGACACCAAGUUUGAGUUUGAGAAGAAAAGAUCACAAAGCAUGUCUGCUGCCAUGGAGACUGCCAACGUUGCUGCCAUGGAAACUACCAAUGAUGGACAGCCUGAACAACCACGCCCACUAAAUGAGCUAGAGCAGAUGUGUUCACAAGGUGAAAAAACCCAGAACCAUUACCCACCUACCCAAGCUGUGGCAGGAACCCCAACCACCACGACAACCACAGGAUCAGUUUCCAUGACCAAAGAGAAACAACCGUCACAAGAGGGCAGCACAGACAACAGAAAUUGCGAUGAUGAGGAGAGUGAUGACGAUGAUGAUGAGAGGAUGAUAAUUUGUGAAGAGGAAGGAGUCAGUGAAGAGGUGGACAAAGCAGACAACAGUGGCAUAGACUUGAACUGCAAAGAACAUGUCUCCGAUUCCGACUCUGACAGCCAAUCAGAAGAUGAGGCAAGACUUCAGAAUAAAGCAUUUCCACAGCAACGCUUCUCUCCUGUCAUGAAGUCUGUGACUGCAGCAGACAUAACUGUGAGACCCAAACCAAUCAAAAUGCUGGCAGAUUCGCCUAAAUCACAGGUUGCACUUACAAAAGAGGAAGAAGAGGAGGAGGAUGACGAUGUGUUUGUGACAGCUCCAGUCGAGCCCAUAUCCCUGUCCCCUUCAAAAAGGCGCUCACAAUCUCUUAGUGCACUUAAAGAGCAAGGGGAACCAAAAAGUCCAAGAAAGAUCAAAGAGAAGGAUCACAUUCGUCGUCCAAUGAAUGCAUUCAUGAUCUUCAGCAAACGUCAUCGUGCUCUCGUCCAUCAGCGACAUCCAAAUCAAGACAAUCGCACAGUGAGCAAGAUUUUGGGAGAGUGGUGGUACGCUCUUGGUCCGAGAGAGAAGCAAAAAUAUCAUGAUUUAGCUUUCCAGGUAAAGGAGGCUCACUUCAAGGCCCACCCAGACUGGAAGUGGUGCAGUAAAGACAGAAAGAAGUCCAAUAGCACCCUGGGAAGGAAAGGCAGUGGCUCGGAGGAACAACGGGAUGAUGGGGACGAACUCAUGGGUCCGCCCCAAAGUGCUCUGCACCCUGCCCCACAGACAGUCCCCCUGCCACCCUCCACUGACACCAAGUUUGAGUUUGAGAAGAAAAGAUCACAAAGCAUGUCUGCUGCCAUGGAGACUGCCAAUGUUGCUGCCAUGGAAACCACCAAUGAUGGACAGCCUGAACAACCACGCCCACUAAAUGAGCUAGAGCAGAUGUGUUCACAAGGUGAAGAAACCCAGAACCAUUACCCACCUACCCAAGCUGUGGCAGGAACCCCAACCACCACGACAACCACAGGAUCAGUUUCCAUGACCAAAGAGAAACAACCGUCACAAGAGGGCAGCACAGACAACAGAAAUUGCGAUGAUGAGGAGAGUGAUGACGAUGAUGAUGAGAGGAUGAUAAUUUGUGAAGAGGAAGGAGUCAGCGAAGAGGUUGACAAAGCUGACAACAGUGGCAUAGACUUGAACUGCAAAGAACAUGUCUCCGAUUCCGACUCUGACAGCCAAUCAGAAGAUGAGGCAAGACUUCAGAAUAAAGCAUUUCCACAGCAACGCUUCUCUCCUGUCAUGAAGUCCGUGACUGCAGCAGACAUAACUGUGAGACCCAAACCAAUCAAAAUGCUGGCAGAUUCGCCUAAAUCACAGGGUUCUCCUUCCAUGGAGGAUAUCCCAAGACCUUCUUCAAAUGGAAGCGUUUUCCAGCCGAAGGGAGCCGUCUUUAAAGCCCAUGCACCCAAAGUGAGACCUGAAUCUGCUGGCCAACAGUUGUCACCACAGACUACAGUGGCCCCCUCUACUCCCAAGACAACCCCAGUUAAAUCUAUCCAUAAUAUUACCAUGACAACCCAAGACAAGCAGCAUGUCAUUGUGCAGUCUAACACAGUACAGGCUGUGGGACCAGGCAACAUGGCGGAUAAGGGAGCCAUUAUGCAGAAAAUGACACAGGUGUCGCCCAAGCCAACUAAGAUGAGCCAAGCCAAGGCAGCCACCUCCUCUCCACAAUUGCCACAGCCAUCUGCGGUGAAAUCAGGCCCUAUUCCCAUAGCCUCAAAACCACUGACCCCUCGACCCAGUCUGCCCAACAGCCCAGGAGUGGUCAAGCAGCCCCCAGUCAGUUUGGCUGGUCAGACUAUACUGCCCAAUACACAGAAACUAGGGGCAUUUUUGGUGCCAGGGCCAGCUCCAGGGAUGGCCAUUAUAAAUCCAUCUGUAGUGACCACCACAGCCAAGAGCACAGCAGCUAAUGUCCAGAGUCCGAGUUUCAUUACGGCCACGUUGAGGAAUAUUGCCCCAUCACAGGCUGCAAACACACAAAACCAGGCACCGGCCAUGUUGUCCUAUUCUGUGUUGAGGCCACAGCAGGGCGUUUUGGCAACGGGGCAAAAUCAGACAGUCACACAGGCUUUGAAUUUGAACCAGCAGGGGGCACCACGUGCUGGGGCAACCCUUCAGUAUAUUUUGCCCUCCGUAACUUUGCAGCCUGCGCAGGGGAAUAAGAUUGGGAAUGUGUUACACAUGACUCUCCCGGGGACCUCCAGUAACAUCCAAGUGCUGCCUUUUCAAGGAACAUUCACCACCCAGCAGCAACUACAGCAAGCAACCAAAAUGGCCGUGACCUCUGCACCAGCCAAAGGUCAAGGUCAAGCUGUCCAGACCAUUCCUGGGAUGGCAUCUCAGACGCUGCAGAUUCUCAACCAAACAAUGAAUGGCAAUUUGGGGAAACAACAGGCCAUGCCCAUAGUUGGGUCACAGCUUGUCACCAUCACCCAGCCUAGUGUGUCCGUGGCAACACCUAAGCCACAAAUGCAGGUGGCCUCUCCUGGAGUUGCUAUGGCAACCAUGUCACAGGCAGGGUCACAUUUCUUCUUGCCUGCCUCACAGACAUUCACAUACAUCCAGCCGCCCCAGUCGCCAAGUGUAGCCAUAGCAACUACACCCGUUGCCAAGACAGCAGAACAAGCAGGUUGGAGUCCUGGUCUCUUUCAGGCCUACUUUACUCUCCCUCCAUCAGUCCACACAACUGGACAACCAGGCCAACAACAGGUGCUCCACUCUGGCCAAACUGGACAUCAAAUUGUCCAGAGUGGUCAGCAGCUAGUUCACACUGGUCAGCAACUAGUCCAGGCCACAGCUAGCAGUGGUCAGCCACAGCUGGUGUUACAGCCACAACAGUCUAAGUCCCCAGGGAUGGUAAUAGCCAACUCACAACCCGCCGCUGCCACCGCUGCAUUUGUUCCCAAGUUGCCGCUACCUAAAAGUCAGGGGCAAGGGGCACAGAGUCCAGCUUUUUAUCAAGGUGUGAUGAAUAUCAAGUCUCCAAAAGUUGUUUCCAUGGCAUCAUCUGAGGGGAAAACAGACAUUGGUUAUGUGAGUAGUAUGACAUCAACUCAGAAACCAACCAGAAUCAAGGCGUCUGUGGCCACCAUUCCUGUUGGAACUGAUGUGAUCACAAAGGCAACCACAGUGCAAAGCAGCUGCACAGACACACAAACUACAGCCACUUGUAAGUACACCAGAUCCAGCCCAGCAGAGGCCUCCACCUGCAAGAUACAGCAACAAGAAAAGCCCACUCCAAGAGAGGAAAGAUCCAAAGACCUUGAAAGGUCAGAGGUCAAGGAUGAAGGUCAUGGUGAGGAUGCUGAAAGGAGGGAUGAUGGAGAUGAGAAGCCUCAGAGGUCUUGUAAGGGAAAGAGGUACAAGGAAAUUGUGGCAGAAAGUGGACUUAAUGCCUUGAAGAAGGAAAGAAAGAUUUAUAAGCCAGGAAGCUCUGGGGAAGAAGAGAAAUCUCCUUUGACUACAGGUGGAACUUCAGCAACAGAUGGAAGUACAAGACAAGCCAAUGAACAAACUUCUGGGGAGACUGAGGAAGGUACCAGACAAGAUAGCUCUAGUGGUGAAGAAAAAAAGCCUCUGGAAAACAAAACCAAGCACAAGCCUAUCCCUCCUCCCAUCCCGCUGCCGCCACAUGUGUCAUCUGCAGUAGCCUCCCCCAGUAGUACCAGCAGUCCACGCAGGAGGUUCUUUAAGCGUGAGGUGGAUGAUGGCAUGGAUAGGGUCCUUGAGCAAGUAGACUUUGAGCGCAGAUUUGAACAACUCCCUCAAUUCAUUCCUGACAAUUCUGAGACUGGGACGCCAUUGCCCCAGAGUCCCCGUGUGAUUCUCAACACAUACAGGAAAAAACGCAGCUUUUCCACAGCUGACCAUGAUGGCUCAGAUGCAGACUCCACACCAAACACUGCCACCACCUCCAACACUGCCUCCAACACGCCAAUGACACCCAAGAGUGGAAGGUUUGAGGACACCAAGUUCUUUGGGAGUAACUUUAACCUGGAGGCUCUGGCAGAGGCAGCUUUUACACAGAGACAAGGUGGAGAGUUCAACGAGGGCGAAUUACCAUCCCCCAUGACACCUAAGACCCCCAGUUCUCCAGGGGCGUUCUCAUCCCUGAGGAGAAUUUUAGACCAAAGAAGACAACUUGUGAUGCAGUUAUUUGAAGAGUAUGGCUGGUUCCCUUCAGCACAAGCCACAGCAGCAUUCCAGGCCAAGUACCAAGACAUCUUUCCUUCUAAGGUAUGCCUCCAGCUUAAGAUCAGAGAGGUGCGCCAGAAAAUGAUGGCCAACGUCCUCCCUGAUGGCCUACCCACCACCCCCAGCGAGGUGCCCACCACCACUAACAGCACAGACAGCGCUUCUCCAUCAGCAGUAACAGUACCAACAACAACAGCCGCAGCUACAGCGUCCACAUCAUCUUCAACAGUGACCACACUGUCGUGUGCCUCAGGAAGUAAAAUGGCUGGAGCGAGUGGUCAGUCUGGGCAGGACCUGGACCAGGGGCAGACGAGUGACCAGCCAGGGUCUGGUUUACCAGGACAGGGCAGUGACCAAGGGUCAGUGGCAGCUGAUAAAGAUGCGGGUAACGAGAAAGUCUAGACAGUGUCCGUCCCAUUCCCAUGUCACUUGCAUAGUCACACUAAGAACUGAUGUUUGUUAUUAGGGAAGAAUUUACUUAUUGGGUUUAAUAGAACAUAUCUGGAUUUUUUUUCAAUAUGACAUUGUUGUGUUAUGAUUAAAAGCAGUCAGGUUGAUGGUUUAAAUCCAUAUCAGCAUCACUUCUAAAA